CUUUGUCAAUCCCCAUGCCAUCUGAUCAUCGGAAAACAUUUGUGUUUCCUGACACUCAGUUAGUCCGUGUAGGCUCACAUGUUACUCAAGUAGCAACCUUUGUUGGUGGAAACAAGAGUGACAGAAAAAAGAAAAACGAAGUUGAAAACCGAGACGAUGAUAAUAACAAAGGUACCAUGCCUGUAUUAAGUGAAGAGGCAAAGAAACUCGUUCAGGAUAUUAUUUGGGCUACGAUCGUUUCUCCACCCUCACCCUCAGAACCAACAGCGCAGCUCCAGCUUGAACAUGAAGAAUUUUCAUUGACCAUUGUCAAGCGUCCAUGGAAAUUGCCUCUCAAAUAUGAUAUUUUGGAAAAUAACAUAGUGCUUCCGCCCAUGGCCUACAAGCUCUGGUUUACACUGGAUGCUCCUUUCUCCUGAACUGACGAAAAAAAGUUCUUUUUUGACUAGUCAACCGUC